AUGGCGGUGGCCACAUGGCUAGCAGCGAUUUGUGGCGCAGCUGCAGUGCUGCUACUGGUGUGCUACGUCCUCCUCUCAAGCACAGCGAGGAAGCCCAAGAAGUCCAAGAAGAAGCGCGAGCCGGCCAUCCAGGAGGAGGCCAAGAACCUGGCCCAGACCCGGCGGGAGGUCGUAGGCCGCGCGACGCAGCUCACCAAAGAGGAGAUGGCGAUCCAUUUGGGCCGGGGACCCGACGUCAUCGAGAAGGAGCGACUGCUGAAGCGCGACGCGCUCCACGUCUUCCGCAAGCUUCAGGCAUGCACGCCCGAGGAUAGGUCCUCGCUGUAUGCCGAAGCCGUUCAGCUCUUCGACAGUAUCGAGUCUCGGGGCUUCGCGGGCAUGGCGUCAGCCCGGAUCGUUUUCUGCAAUGCGGUGAUGGAGUGUGAUGGGCUUGAGUCGCUGCGCGGCGCGCAGGAGCAACAAGACAGUGCAGCCGCGCAGCUGGUCCGGAAGUUGUCGGCGAGCAUGGCGACGCGGACCAUCUUGCAGUCGAACCGGGCGUAUGAUCACAUAUACGAUCCCAACUACACCACGUCUCACCCCAAUGACCACUACAGGCAAACCAGCAAGGCCAUGUUCAACGCCCAACGGAUCGAGCGGGUGCCGGAUGACAAGUACCUCUUUUCCGAGUUGCCGCACUACCCCCGCUGUACCAUUCAGGUUACCAGCAAGGAGGCUCUGCCAAGACAUGUGGACAAGGACUGGUUCUCGCCGCAAGAGCGUCCAGCAGACGCAACGCAGGAUGUUGUGUACGGCUCGCAGCGGUUUAAGUUCCAGGCCUGGCCGAACAAGCAGAUGCUUAGCACGCUGCCCCACAUCGUGCAGUACGCCUUCAAGUCCAACCACGGCAGCUUCCCAGCGGAAGGUACCAUGGCCUCGGAGCCGCCGACCAAGACGGUGGCCACGCAGUCCAUGUUCCGAGAGUCAGAGGCUCAGACGGUGCCCUACUCGCCGGACUACCAGAUCCCGGCCAACCAGGUGCCGGAGGUGCUGCAGCUCACUCACCUCACCUAUGGUGCAGGUCUCCCGGCCUCAGAGGCGGAGCUGCUGAUCAUCGAGCGCACUAGGCAGAAGCGGAUCUUCAAGCAGAUGCUGCCACCGCCCUGCGACGAGUUCGGCAUGGAAGUCCGGAUCCAACUCAUGGAGGCGCAAGAGUUCCGAGAAUGGGCUGACCGCGAGCGGACCAUCAAAGAGCUGCAGGACAAGCGAUUGCAGUUGCUGCAUCAGGCCUUUGAGCAGCGGGACGCCCACCGCGAGAACUCGCAGCUGGGCAAGAUCGACCGAGUGCGGCAGCGGAAAGAGGAGGAGAGGGACCGCAAGCUCGCGGCCUGCCAGCGGCUACGCACCAAGGUGCUUCGGAAGAUGCAGAAGGAGCGCACAAAAGCCGAUGCUCCCGGGCAAAAGCGCGACGUCAUCGCGGAGUAUGCCGACUUCACCUCCGAGGUCUACGCUCCUUUGGCCCGUCACGGGCACGUGCCGGAUUACAACACGGCCAAGAUCGAGGCCGACCUUGCCAGCUUUCCUGGCUUGGUGCAGCUGGAAGCGUCGCUGCAUCCCUCGGUGCUGCGGGCGCCGGAGAAGCAUCCGAAGGACAUGGAGAAGAAGAAGUCAAGCCAUCAGAUCCGGAAGGAGCUGGAGAUGACGACAGCGCUGAAGACGGCCAUGGAGAGUAUCAAGAAGGAGCUGCAGCAGAACGAGGGCGAAGCCGGCAAGGGCGACACCUCGCCUGGUACUGGGCUGAAGAAGUUCCAUCUGAGGAACGUCUUGGAGCGGCCAGACUCGCCCAGGGACAAGAACGACGUCCUGCCGGAAGAAGAGGAGCAGGAGUCUGCCGUCCUUCUGUUGCAGCGCCUUAUCCGUGGCCGCGCGUACCAGAACCUCAUGUUUGAGGGCAAGGAGAAGCGCCUGGACCUCAUCAACGAGCUCCGUGCCGCGGAGCGCUUCGCGGAGACCGCCACCCGUGUGGAGGAGAAGCGGUACGUGGACCAGAUGCGGGACAAGGCCUUUGAAGGCGUCCUGGAGUCCGUGCAGGGCAGCGUCAUCUCCCAGACGUUGGACCAGUUGUCCAAGGAGCUGCUGCGGUUCCAGGAGGAGCGGCGCAUCGCGGCCAUGGUGAAGCUGGCGGAGAGGGAUCGCCAGGAGCGCCAGGCCAUGGAGAGCGGCCGGCGCCAAGCCGAAGAGAGGCUGCGGGAGCGCGAGGACGAGAUGUUCCGGCAGAUCAUGGGCGUGCAUCAGGGCACCGUAGAUUCCUACCUGGAGGAAGUGCUCACCAACACGGUGGAGGAGGCGGCGCAGUCCAGGGCUCUUACAGAGGCCCGGCUCAAGGCGCAGUACAUCAACCAGGUGGUGGACAAGCUCGAGGCUUCGGCCCAGGAGCCUGAAGUGGUGGUCCGGGAGCUGGUGCAUACCUUCAACCUGCCGCACGUGCAGAGAGAGGUGAUCCAGCGCCGCAUCGCCCAAGAGAAUAAGAGGUUCUCCGAGGCCGCGCGCGGCGCGCUGGACGAGACCUACAAAAGGGUCACUGAGCAUGUGAACCCACCGCAGUGAUGGCGCCGUGUGGUCUCCAUCGUGUCACGUGUCACCAGUCUUUGCAUGCGACCGAAACGCAGAGAGGUCGGAC